UAGGACUGAAGUCUAUUUUCGGAUCUUUUGUCUCUCGGUCACGACAGGAGCCCGUCACGCAAUACUGCGACUUAUAAAAGGUCGACAGUCCCUGGUCUCAGCCAUCCUUCAGCACCAUGAGGGCGACAGUGGCAGUCCUUCUCCUCUGUCUUGCGGUGUCAGCAUGCAGGUGCCAAGAAACGCCACCAGGUCCUCCUGGACCAACUGAAGGACCACAACCAACCGGACCACCUGGUCCACCAACUGGAGGACCUGAUCCAACAGGUCAACCUACUGGAGGUCCUGAACCAACUGGACCACCUGGUCCACCAACUGGAGGCCCUGAGCCAACAGGUCAACCCACUGGAGGUCCUGAACCAACUGGUCCCCCUGGCCCACCAACUGGAGGCCCUGAGCCAACAGGUCAACCCACUGGAGGUCCUGAACCAACUGGAGGGCCCCAGCCCACCGGUGAACCUCAACCUACUGGAGGACCUCAGCCUACUGGACCACCAGGGCCACCCGCAGGAGGUCCUGGCCGCUUUUGGCGCGGUGUUUUCUAAUGAAACAGCACAAAUAUCUAAUUGAAACAAGUCUUCAAUUUUGCCUACAUGAUGCCCACUAAACUCUCUUCAGCUUAUUUAUAAAGUAUUCUCAUGUUACUGUUUUUAUUCGUGUUUCAUUAAAUUUGCAUUAAAAAGUA